AGUCUAGAGAAGAAGAGGCAGCAGCUGCUAUGAUCCAGACACUGGGCUUCCUUCUGUUCCUCGCUGGGAAAGCGACUACAACUACUGCUACCAAUCCCCGUAUGAAGCUCUCCUUCCGUGACCUGAAGAUGCGACAUGGGCUGCGCACUUAUGAGUUGGAACGCUCUUGUUGCUACGAUGCGCUGCUCCUGGAUGAAGAAAGGGGCCGGCUUUUUGUGGGGGGAAAAAACUACAUGGCAUCAUUGAGCCUGGACAACAUUAGCAAGCAUGACAGGAAGAUUUAUUGGCCCGCACCUGUGGAAUGGAGGGAGGAAUGCAACUGGGCAGGCAAAGAUAUCAAUGCCGAGUGUAUGAAUUUUGUUAAGAUCCUACAUCUCUACAACCGCACGCACCUGUACUCCUGUGGCACUGGGGCUUUUCACCCCAUCUGUGGCUUUGUAGAAGUGGGCCAACGUGUGGAGGAUUCUGUCUUCAAGCUCGGCUUCGAGAGCCUGGAGGAUGGCAAAGGCAAAAGUCCCUAUGAUCCAAAUCACACAGCUGCCUCAGUUCUUGCAGGUGAAGAGCUUUAUUCUGGUGUGGCUACUGAUUUGAUGGGCCGAGACUUCACCAUCUUCCGCAGCCUGGGAUCGAGGCCUUCUGUCCGCACGGAGCAGCAUGAUUCCCGAUGGCUCAAUGAACCCAAGUUCAUUGAUGUCUUCUGGAUCCCAGAGAGUGAGAACCCUGAUGAUGAUAAGAUCUUCUUUUUCUUCCGGGAAACAGCAGUGGAAGGAUCCCAAGGCCUCGGCAAACAGACAUUUGCACGCAUUGGGCAAAUUUGCCGGAAUGAUAUGGGUGGGCAGAGAAGCCUGGUGAACAAAUGGACAACAUUCCUGAAGGCCCGGCUGGUGUGUGCGGUACCCGGCAGUGAUGGGAGUGACACGCAUUUUGACCACCUUCGUGAUGUCUUCUUGUUGCCAACCAGGGAUAAGCGUAACCCAUUGUUGUACGCAGUUUUCACCACUUCCAGCACAGUUUUCAAAGGUUCUGCUGUCUGCGUGUAUCACAUGAAUGACAUCCGCAGAGCUUUCCUUGGUCCUUUUGCUCACAAGGAGGGGCCUAACUAUCAGUGGGUUUCCUAUCAAGGGCGGGUCCCUUAUCCCCGACCAGGAACGUGUCCCAGCAAAACCUUUGGCACCUUUAGUUCCACCAAGGAUUACCCUGAUGAUGUGAUCCAGUUUGCUCGUAACCAUCCAUUAAUGUAUAAUCCAGUACUGCCCCAUGGCCAAAGGCCUGUCUUCCUGCAAACCAACAUGGACCACAUCUUCACUCGCAUUGCAGUAGACCGAGUGGCAGCUGCCGAUGGACAUUAUGAUGUCCUCUUCAUUGGCACAGACAUUGGCACAGUCUUGAAGGUCGUCUCUGUGCCGAAGGACUCAUGGCAAAAUGUGGAAGAAUUGCUGCUGGAGGAACUUCAGGUGUUCAAGGACUCCUCUCCUAUUACUAGCAUGCAGAUCUCAUCCAAGCGGCAACAGCUGUACCUGGGAUCCAGGACUUCCAUUUCGCAACUGCCCUUGCACCGUUGUGGGAUGUAUGGCAAAGCUUGUGCAGAAUGUUGCCUAGCGAGGGACCCCUAUUGUGCCUGGGAUGGCACCACCUGCACUCGAUACCUGCAGAAUACUAAACGGCGAUUCCGACGCCAGGAUGUGAGGAAUGGAGAUCCCAGUAUCUUGUGCUCGAGAUGUUCACCACCACUGUUAUAUACCCACGCACAAAUAUUCAAAUUUCAAUGCAUGAAUCAAAAGAGUGCUAAAGUUCUUGAUGUGCUUCAAGGAACCAUUCCCNCCAAGAUUGUGUGGACAUAUCAAAAGACUAGAAGUGACCCCCAGAAGGAGGUAUUGCUGGAUGAUCGGGUCGUCAGGAUGGAGCGGGGAAUCCUCUUGCGCAAUGUACAGCGCAAGGAUGCUGGCUUCUAUUAUUGCCAUGCAACGGAGCAUGGCUUCACCCAGGGUCUGCUGCACCUCCAGCUUGAAGUGAUCUAUGCACAGCAGGCUGACUCUCUCUCCCUCUCUUGGGAAGAAGAAUCCACACAACCUUUCCAUCGCAAACUUUGGUAUCGAGAUUUUUUACAAUUGGUGGAUCAUCCCAAUCUCAGCACCGUGGACCAGGUGUGCGAGCAACUAUGGAGACGCAAGAGCCACCAGCCCAAGAAAAAGCCCCCUCCGUUGUCCCCUUUACUUAACAUCAAAUCCAAAAGUCAGAAGUGGAAACAUCUGGAGGAAAAGCGGAAAGCCCGCAGCCGAAGAACACAUGAAGUGCCCCGUGCAGAAAGGGCUCCUCGGAGCACAGAUAUCUGGUGACCUAUAGGAAGAUGGACUUAUCCAAAUCUCUGUGCUGGGGAGGGCCAGGGAAGCAGGGUGGGAGUAUGGGAAUAGGGAUGGUAGGAGAGAAAGCGCAGGAUCUUUUAUGACU